GCCUUCUGCCGAGAUUGCCCAAUAGGCGUGCGCGGAGCGGCGGGGGGGCGGCGCGGCGGCCGCGGCCGGGUAGGGUGUGAGAAGUUAGUGGCGCUGCCGCGGUGCCGUGAGGGGACGGAGACGGCCGGGCCCGGACCAGCGCGAUGCUCACGGACGGCACCGCCGCCGCUGCCGCCGACGAGGAGAUCGACUCGGUCGCGCCCCGCGCGCCGCCCGCCGCUGCCGAGCCGCCCGCCGCGGCCGGGCCCUCCCCGCUGGGCCUGCGGGCCGUGCGCCUCUUCGGGGAGGCCGGGCCCGGCGGGCCGGGAGGCCCCGGCGCGCCCGCGGCCGGUGAGGCCGCCCUCGACUUCAAGCUGGCGGCCGCCGUGCUGCGGAGCGGGGGCGGCGGCGGCUCCGGCAGCGACGAGGACGAGGUGUCCGAGGUUGAAUCAUUUAUUUUGGACCAAGAAGAUCUUGAUAACCCAGUACUUAAAACCACAUCAGAGUUAUUCUUAUCGAGUGCUGCAGAAGGUGCGGACUUGAGAACUGUGGAUCCAGAAACACAAGCAAGACUAGAAGCCUUACUGGAGGCAGCAGGAAUUGGUAAAUUGUCCACUGCCGAUGGCAAAGCCUUCGCAGAUCCCGAGGUUCUCCGGAGACUGACGUCGUCCGUCAGCUGCGCGCUGGACGAGGCGGCCGCCGCGCUGACGCGCAUGAGAGCCGAGAACAACCACAACAACGGGCAGGUGGACAAUCGCAGUUUGGCAGAGGCGUGCUCCGAUGGGGAUGUGAACGCUGUCCGGAAGCUGCUGGAUGAGGGACGCAGCGUAAAUGAACACACUGAGGAAGGGGAGAGCCUGCUGUGCUUGGCCUGCUCAGCAGGAUAUUAUGAACUGGCACAGGUGCUUCUCGCCAUGCACGCCAACGUGGAAGAUCGAGGGAAUAAAGGCGACAUCACUCCCUUGAUGGCAGCUGCCAGCGGGGGCUAUGUGGAUAUCGUCAAACUCCUCCUUGUCCACUGUGCAGAUGUCAAUGCACAGUCCUCCACAGGGAACACGGCUCUCACGUACGCCUGUGCCGGGGGCUUUGUGGACGUGGUGAAGGUGCUACUGAAAGCUGGUGCUAACAUAGAAGACCACAAUGAGAAUGGACACACCCCCCUGAUGGAGGCAGCCAGUGCAGGGCAUGUCGAGGUUGCAAGAGUAUUGCUGGAAUAUGGUGCAGGAAUCAACACUCACUCCAACGAGUUCAAAGAAAGUGCACUUACACUCGCAUGCUAUAAAGGCCAUUUAGAUAUGGUUCGUUUUUUGCUUGAAGCUGGAGCUGAUCAAGAACACAAAACAGAUGAGAUGCACACGGCGCUGAUGGAGGCCUGCAUGGACGGGCACGUGGAGGUGGCUCGGCUGCUGUUGGACAGCGGCGCCCAGGUGAACAUGCCCGCGGAUUCCUUCGAGUCCCCGCUCACGCUGGCCGCGUGUGGCGGGCACGUGGAGCUGGCAGCGCUUCUGAUCGAGCGAGGAGCCAACCUGGAGGAGGUUAAUGAUGAGGGUUACACACCUCUGAUGGAGGCUGCCCGGGAGGGCCACGAGGAGAUGGUGGCCUUGCUGCUGGCACAAGGGGCAAAUAUUAACGCACAGACAGAAGAGACACAGGAAACAGCCCUGACCCUGGCCUGCUGUGGAGGCUUCUCUGAAGUCGCUGACUUCCUUAUUAAGGCAGGAGCUGACAUAGAGCUUGGUUGCUCAACACCUUUGAUGGAAGCUGCUCAAGAGGGUCAUCUUGAACUGGUGAAAUACUUGCUGGCAGCAGGAGCUAAUGUUCAUGCCACUACAGCAACGGGAGAUACAGCUUUGACCUACGCCUGUGAGAAUGGACACACAGAUGUGGCAGAUGUGUUGCUUCAGGCUGGUGCUGAUCUGGAGCAUGAAUCUGAAGGUGGGAGAACCCCACUAAUGAAGGCUGCACGAGCUGGUCACUUAUGCACCGUGCAAUUCCUUAUUAGCAAAGGUGCCAAUGUGAACAGAGCUACAGCCAACAAUGAUCACACAGUGGUGUCCCUGGCCUGUGCUGGAGGUCACCUGGCUGUGGUUGAGCUUCUCCUGGCUCACGGGGCAGAUCCUACUCAUCGGCUCAAGGAUGGUUCAACAAUGCUCAUUGAAGCUGCCAAGGGAGGACACACAAAUGUUGUUUCUUACUUGCUGGAUUACCCAAACAAUGUUCUGUCGGUUCCUGCAGCAGACUUGUCCCAGCUCACACCUCCAUCUCAGGAUCAGUCUCAGGUUCCCCGUGUCCCGGUGCACACGCUCGCCAUGGUUGUACCUCCCCAGGAGCCUGACAGGACCCCUCAAGAGAACUCCCCACCUCUCUUGGGAGUGGUGAAAGGUGCAUCCAAGCAGAAGUCAAGUUCCCUGCAGGUAGCAGAUAAGGACCUACUGCCACCUUUUCACCCAUACCAGCCUUUGGAAUGCAUAGUAGAAGAGACUGAAGGCAAGCUGAAUGAACUUGGACAGAGAAUUAGUGCUAUUGAAAAAGCACAACUUAAAUCAUUGGAAUUAAUUCAAGGUGAACCUUUAAAUAAAGAUAAGAUUGAAGAACUUAAAAAGAACAGAGAAGAACAAGUACAGAAGAAGAAGAAAAUAUUGAAGGAGCUGCAGAAGGUGGAAAGGCAGUUGCAGAUGAAAACCCAACAGCAGUUUACCAAAGAAUAUUUGGAGACUAAAGGUCAGACAGACACACCACCUGCCCUGCAGCAGCAGUGCUCACUUACAGGGGUCUUCCCAGAAGUGGAAGCCGAUAAGGGUCUGCCAGAGGAUAACUUUGCAGGGUUACCUCAGGUUGACACAAUCUUGUCUAAAGAUGAUGAGCAACACCGGUCUCCACCACCUGCUGAACAAAUAGAGUUUGUCCCUAUCCAGCCUUUGCCAGCACCGCAAUGUAAUUUUUCUGGUAACUUAGGUUAUAAUGGGACAGAGUCUCUUGAACUUCAGAAAGCAUUAGGGAAUCAGCAGAAUGUAGGACAGCAGCAGCAAAUUGCUGGGCAGGGGCUCUUAGUUCAAGAACCAGACGGAUUAAUGGUUGCCACUCCAGCACAGACGCUUACCGACACUCUUGAUGACCUAAUAGCAGCUGUGAACAGCAGAGUGCCCAGCGGCUCCAGCAGCUCCUCGCACACUGCGGAGUCCCCGAUGCCCGAGCCCUGCCCGCAGGCCGCCAGCAGUGUGCCCCCACAGUCCGUGCUGCCCAUGUACCCCUCAGUGGACAUCGAUGCACAUACUGAAAGUAAUCACGACACUGCGCUGACCCUGGCGUGUGCGGGAGGGCACGAGGAGCUUGUGUCUGUGCUGAUCGCCCGUGGUGCCAAUAUUGAACACAGAGACAAGAAGGGUUUUACGCCUUUGAUUCUGGCUGCAACUGCUGGACAUGUUGGUGUGGUGGAAAUCCUUCUGGACAAAGGUGGGGACAUAGAAGCGCAGUCGGAGCGCACAAAGGACACCCCGCUUUCCUUGGCAUGCUCCGGUGGACGCCAGGAGGUUGUUGAUUUGCUGUUGGCCCGGGGAGCAAAUAAAGAGCACAGGAAUGUGUCUGAUUACACGCCGUUAAGCCUUGCUGCAUCUGGUGGCUAUGUUAAUAUCAUCAAGAUUCUUCUCAAUGCUGGGGCAGAAAUUAAUUCCAGGACUGGCAGCAAGCUGGGGAUCUCUCCUCUGAUGCUGGCUGCCAUGAACGGCCACGUCCCUGCCGUGAAGCUGCUGCUCGAUAUGGGCUCCGACAUUAACGCCCAGAUCGAGACCAACCGCAACACAGCCCUCACCCUGGCCUGCUUCCAGGGCCGGGCAGAGGUGGUCAGCCUGCUCCUGGACAGGAAGGCCAACGUCGAGCACAGGGCAAAGACUGGUCUCACACCUCUGAUGGAAGCAGCUUCAGGAGGCUACGCAGAGGUUGGAAGGGUUCUCCUCGAUAAAGGAGCAGAUGUGAACGCCCCACCCGUGCCUUCCUCAAGAGAUACAGCUCUAACAAUCGCAGCAGAUAAGGGGCACUACAAGUUCUGCGAGCUCCUCAUUAAUCGAGGGGCGCACAUUGACGUUCGCAACAAGAAAGGCAACACCCCGCUGUGGCUGGCAGCCAACGGCGGGCACUACGACGUGGUGCAGCUGCUGGUGCAGGCAGGGGCCGACGUGGAUGCUGCAGAUAACCGCAAGAUCACCCCUCUCAUGUCAGCGUUUCGCAAGGGGCAUGUGAAGGUAGUGCAGUUCCUGGUGAAAGAAGUUAACCAGUUUCCUUCAGACAUCGAGUGCAUGCGCUACAUAGCGACCAUCACCGACAAGGACCUGUUGAAAAAGUGUCACCAGUGUGUGGAGACAAUUGUGAAAGCUAAAGACCAGCAGGCUGCAGAAGCCAAUAAAAAUGCAACUAUACUGCUGAAGGAGCUAGACCUGGAGAAAUCAAGAGAAGAGAGCAGAAAACAAGCUCUUGCAGCCAAAAGGGAGAAAAGAAAGGAAAAGAGAAAGAAGAAGAAAGAGGAACAAAAAAGAAAACAAGAAGAAGACGAAGAAAACAAGCCUAAGGAAACUCUGGAACUGCAAGAAGAUGAUGAUGAAGAGGAAAAUGAUGAUGAAGUGGAGCAAGAAGUUCCUAUAGAGCCUCCAAGUGCAACUACUACAACUACAAUUGGAAUUUCUGCAACUUCAACUACCUUCACAAAUGCCUUUGGGAAGAAGAGAGCUAAUGUGGUGACUACCCCCAGCACAAACAGAAAAAAUAAGAAAAAUAAAACGAAAGAGACUCCUCAGAAUAUGCAGAUAAUUUUGCCAGAUCAGCAUAUAUCUCUAGCACAGCAAAAAGCAGAUAAAAAUAAAAUAAAUGGAGAGCCCCGAGGUGGUGGUGCGAGUGGGAACAGCGAUUCAGAUAACCUGGAUAGCACAGACUGCAACAGUGAGAGCAGCAGUGGAGGGAAGAGCCAGGAGCUGAACUUCACGAUGGACACGAACUCCUCGGAGCGGCGCUAUGCCUCCCUGCUCAUCCCCUCUCAGGAAGACAAAAACAGCACCUCGGCUUCCAAAACACCAACCAGGAGAGAAGAAGCUGAUGACCCCGAGCAUUUCAGCUGCCAGGUUGAUGGCCAGUUUGAUAUAACCUUGUCGAGCCAGAGACUUGAUGGUGAAGGUCAUUCGAAUUCUUUGUCGACUACUUAUAAGGCUGUCUCCCUGCCUCUGAGCUCUCCAAAUGUAAAGCUGAAUCUGACCAGUCCAAAAAGAGGCCAGAAAAGAGAGGAAGGCUGGAAAGAAGUGGUUAGAAGGCAAGUGGGCAGAGUUUUGAAAGACCCUCCCCCCAGCAACACUCUGCAGCCAACACCAAUUGAGCAAUUCCAGCUGCAGAGAGGAGGGCGCUGCUGCUCCGGAGCAAAAAGGUCAAAGAAAUUAUCAGUCCCAGCUUCUGUCGUGUCUAGAAUAAUGGGAAGAGGUGGGUGCAACAUCACAGCAAUUCAAGAUGUCACUGGUGCCCACAUUGAUGUGGAUAAGCAAAAAGAUAAGAAUGGAGAGAGAAUGAUCACUAUAAGGGGUGGUACAGAGUCCACGCGAUAUGCAGUGCAACUCAUCAAUGCCCUUAUUCAAGAUCCUGCCAAGGAACUGGAAGACUUGAUUCCUAAAACUCAUAUAAGAACACCUGCUUCAAGUUCCAAAUCAAUCCACUCAAACUUUUCAUCUGGAGUCAGCACUGCGACUGCUUCCAACAAGAACUCGUUUCCUCUCGGAGCACCGCCCCUGGUCACAUCGCAGUCAUCAACACUAUCUACUUUCCAGCCUCCUAACAAAUUAAACAAGAAUGUCCCAGCGAACGUGCGCUCAUCUUUUCCAGUGUCUCUUCCUCUCGCUUAUUCUCACCCUCAUUUUGCCUUGCUGGCUGCCCAAACUAUGCAACAGAUCCGGCACCCUCGCUUACCUAUGGCCCAGUUUGGAGGAACCUUUUCACCUUCACCGAACACUUGGGGACCAUUCCCAGUGAGACCAGUUAACCCUGGCAGCACGAACAGCUCUCCAAAGCAUAAUAGCUCGAGUCGUGUGGGCAGUCAGAAUGGAAACGUUCUGCAGACGGAGUCUCCUGGGUUAGCUACGUCCACUUGUCCCGUUACCGCCUCGUCUGCAGCUGCUUCCACCCAGGCUCUGGGUGUGACCAGUAACCGGACUCCCUCCUCGGUCAGGAAGCAGCUCUUUGCCUGCGUCCCCAAGACGAGCGCUGCAGCAACAGCCAUCUCAACUGUGACGAGCACCUGUAGCACUCUGCCCUCAGCUUCCUCCGCCCCCCCAAACAACGGGCAGGUGCCCACGGCGUUCCUGCCACCCACCGCUCCGCAAGCGCAGCACUCUGCCCUGAAAGCGGACUCGUUCUCGGCCGUCUCCGCGCCCAAGGAGAAGGCGCCGGCCCCCGAGCCGCCGCCCGCCAGCGCGGGCCCGCCAGCUUCGGUGGCCAGCAGCUGCAGCGUGUCAGCCAGCGGCAGCUCCGCGGGCACCGAGACGCGCCCGGCCGGCAGCCCCGCGCCGCCCAGCAGCGCCCAGGAUGAGAUACUGCCAACCAGCAUGCCCGAGAUCAGCCCUUCCAUGUCGAUGCCUUUUUCAUCCAGCUCAGAAACUGCUCCUUUAAGCUUAGCGUCGCCCAGGUCAGUCGUUGCAGAUAAUCAGGACAACAGUAACUUACCUCAAGUAGCUGUACCAGCACCUCGAGUUACUCACAGGAUGCAGUCCAGAGGUUCUUUCUAUUCAGUGGUACCAAAUGCAAACCUCCAUCAAGAUCCUCAGUCUAUUUUUGUUACGAAUCAAGUUCCUUUAACACCUUCUCAAGGUCCACCUGCUGCAGUGCAGCUUUCGUCAGCCAUGAACGUUAUGAACGGUUCUCAGAUGCACAUUAACCCAGCAAACAAAUCAUUGCCUCCUGCCUUUGGGCCAGCAACGCUCUUCAAUCACUUUAGUAGUCUUUUUGAUAGCAACCAGGUGCCAGCUAACCAAGCAUGGGGAGACUGUCCACUCUCCACCCGAGCAGCAGCUGACCCAUCUUUCACUGUUCAGUCUACCUUUCUGAAUAACUCUGUGCUAGGACAUGUGGAAAACGUCCAUCCCGACAACUCCAAGGCUCCUGGUUUCAGGCCACCUUCCCAACGGGUUUCAACUAGUCCUGUAGGCUUACCCUCUCUAGAUCCAUCCAACAGCUCUACAACUUCUUCUUCAGGUCCUUUGACAGGCUUUUCAGCAAACAUACAAGGAGCACGGGUUUACCUUCAAGGGCCAGCGCCUGUUGGGACUCCCAGCUUUAACAGACAGCAUUUUUCACCACAUCCUUGGACAAGCGCAACAAAUUCAUGUAGGAACUUCAUGGCAGGUGAAUCUCCUAUUCCAUCAGUUUCCUCAGGAUCAUCUUCGCCCCUCUCAGCUGCUUCUGCGCCUGCCACCCUGGGCCAGCCCAAGACGGGUGCCACCAACCCAGACAGGAAGGUGCCCCCUCCCAUCGGGACAGAGAGGCUGGCCAGGAUCCGGCAGGGAGGCUCCGUCACGCCCACGCCCCUGGGAACCAACUUCACCGCGCCCGUGGGCCACAGCGGCAUCUGGUCCUUCGGGGUCAACAGCGUCUCUGAAGGCUUGUCGGGUUGGUCCCAGCCUGUCAUGGGAAGUCAUCCGAUGCAUCAGCAGCUGUCGGACCCUGGCACGUUUUCUCAGCAUCAGCCAAUGGAGAGAGAUGAUUCUGGAAUAGUGGCUCCCUCUAAUAUUUUCCACCAACCUAUGCCAAAUAGUUUUGUGGAUUUUUCUAAAGGCCUGCCCAUCUCCAUGUACGGCGGCACUCUGAUACCCUCGCACCCCCAGCUGGCAGAUGGCCCAGGAGGGCCCCUCUUUAACGGGCUCCAUACUCCAGAUCCUGCCUGGAAUCCCAUGAUCAAAGUUGUCCAGAACUCAACAGAAUGUACUGAUGCUCAGCAGAUUUGGCCUGGCACCUGGGCACCUCACAUUGGAAACAUGCAUCUCAAGUACCCGCAUCAUCUGCGACCGCAAGUUCCUGCUGGAGUGCAAGAAUUCUCCCGCAGCCAGGACCCCUCCCUGCUGCCUGCCCCAGACCCCCGGUGUCACAUCCCUGGCCCAGUCCAGCCUCGUCCAGCUGGAGGAGCUCAAGGAGCGGAAUGAGAGCGAAGAGGCCAUGCCAGAUCAAGACCAGUUUGAGAUGGACAUCUGAGUUUCCAUCUCCCCGUCUCCAGGCCAUGGCUGGGCCUGUUCCUGGGCCUCGUGGAGGUGCUGGCACCGUGACCAGCUGGCUGCAGCCCUCUCUGAUGCUGGGGAUGGACGUGUGACACCUCAGGCUCUAGCACAAGUGGCUGGUGCAAUUGCCUAGGAGCUCAUGCUUGAUCAAUAAACACCGUGAAACCCC